ACCAUUUCUCUCCCCUCCCCAAAUCAGAAAAAAAGUUUCAAGCCUCGUGUCUGAGGAACGAUAUGGCCAAGCUGAGAGGGACAGAAAUGGAGGAGGAAAACAGGCAGAACCGUAGAGAAGGCCUGCUCAGGCUGAGAAGAAAGUUUUGAAAGGAAGAGAAGUGGUCAGGAGGGGCCGAGGACUUCAGCUGCCCACGCUACGUUACAGGAAACCGAGUCUUCGGGUUACUUCAGGCUGUUUUCUUUUUUUGCUUUGUGUAUCUACAGAAAAGAGAAAUAUCCCAGAUGGAAAAGUGACGUCAGCUCGGUGCUGCCGAGCCUCAGAAUUCCUCUCCGACUCCGGCUCACUAGGAUCGUACACGAUGUGAGCUGCGGCCUGUCACUCCUUUUGUUCCAAACUGGACUUACCUUUCCAUUUUUGGGAAUUCUUUUUGUCCUAUUCCUUUGGGUCCAUAUUUCCGUCACCCUUUCAGACUUCUCUGUUCAAUGCUCAGGUUCAGAGCUGGUUUCCUCUGAUCUGGAUAAAUCUUGAGAUCCUGAUGAAGAAUAAAGCUGCCAAACAAAAAUCGAAGAGGAAAGGAAGUGACAAUGCGUUCGGCUGUGACCUGAACGAGCAUCUCCAGAACUCAGGACAUGAAGUCCCUCAGGUUCUAAAGACGUGUGCCGAGUUUAUCGAGAAGCACGGCAUCGUGGACGGCAUCUACAGACUUUCAGGAAUCACCUCCAACAUUCAGCGCCUCAGGCAGGAGUUCAACUCGGAGCAGAGUCCUGAUCUCACCAAGGAAGUCUAUCUCCAGGACAUCCACUGUGUCGGAUCCUUGUGUAAGCUGUAUUUCAGAGAGCUGCCCAACCCGCUGCUUACCUACGAGCUCUACCAGAGAUUCACGGACACUGUGUGUGUUAAAGAGGAACAUGAGCAGCUCACAAACGUUCGGCAGGUCAUUGAGGAGCUGCCCAUCGCCCACUUCAGGACUCUGGAGUACCUGGCAAAGCACCUGGCUCACCUGGCCACGCUCAGCCACCAAACCAACAUGCACACACGCAACCUGGCACUGGUGUGGGCACCCAACCUGCUCCGUUCUAAGGAGAUCGAGGUGUCGGCGUGUAACGGUGAUGAGGCCUUCCUGGAGGUUCGGGUGCAGCAGUCGGUGGUGGAGUUCAUCCUGAACCACACGGAGCAAAUCUUCAACCAUGCAGCUGAUCCGCCUCGACCCAAAGAAGGUUCAGUCACAGGUGCCAGUGUGAUGUGUGUGGAGAAGUAUGCCACGUUGCCAGCGGUCGGUCAGUGUCCACCCAUGAAGCUGAUGAGCCUUGAGGAAGCUCAGGCUCGAUCGCUCGGCCCGAAUCAUCCGGCGAGAAUCGAGCGGCAACGAGAGAACAGUCUGCCCGACACCAGCACGGCGGCCAUGUACCACACCGUUAUAGAGCUCAGUGAGAACAAGAGGAAAUUCUCUGGGAAGUCAAAGAAGUGGAAGUCCAUAUUCAGCCUGGGUCGGUCUGUCACUGACGCCAAGGGGAAACUCAGUCGCAACGGGAGUGUGUUCAUGAGAGCACAGAACGUCUCAGAGAAGACUGUGAUACGACCAUCGAAGAGCAUGGACUCGCUCUGCUCACUGCCAACAGAUGACGAUAAAGCUGCAGCAGCCGGAGCAGCGAACGGCUUCUUUUCCCAUGUGGCGAAAUCCCGAACCCUGGGCUCAGACAUCAACUACGACCCGAACGAACAGGAUUCAAUGUGGGAAUUUGACCUGCGGAAAGCCAGCGGGGUCACCGCCCACGGCCCGAGCGCCCAAAACCCAGAAUUUUCCCAUGCUUCAUCGUCUACGUCUCCGUCUCCCGCUUCUCCUGCGUCCGCUUCCUCUCCGCUUCAGCGAGCACUUCCCGAGCAGCUCAAGGUAUACAAAGGGGACGAGUCGGCCACGUGUCGGCCCACGUCUCCGAAGAAUCGCCGCACGCUGUACUCCGGUUCCCACAACGGCUCGUCCAGGCCGUCUUUCCCGGGCAGCCUGUUCCCGCUCGAGUCGUCUCCGCGGCAUCAGCGCAAGGCGCUCAACAUCUCCGAGCCGUUCGCGGUGUCUGUGCCGCUGCGCGUCUCCGCCGUCAUCAGUUCCAACAGCACCCCCUGCAGGGUGGCGGGGAAGGGAGGCACGAUGAAGCCGGGCGAGAGCGCUGGAUUCAGGGAGCCGCUUCACAGCAGCGGCGGGAGUUCGGAUUUACGAGACAGGGAGAGGCUAUUAGGGGGCAGAGAUAACCCGCCCGGCAACAGCGGCGGACACGGUAUCUAUAGCAACAGCAACAGUGCCGUCCCCACUGAGGAGAGUCAAGCGGUGGAGCGGGGCACCGGGGUGGUCCCAUCCGACACAGCGGCACAGAGCAGCGACGCAGAGCUUAAAGAACCGCGCGGCAGCGUGAGAGCGUCAGACGACCGGAUGCCGACUCAACCCAAAACGACAGGAACCGCCGAACACAUUCCUCGAUCCCCUGGGAAAAAACUGGAUGCUACACUAAUGCAGCCUAAUGAGCCCAAAAAGCUGGAACAACUGGACGUCAAGCCAAACGGUUCGGAUCUGUGGUCCCAUACGCACCCCGAGCUGAGAAUCACAGAGUGUGAAACGAACGUACAGACAGACCAGCUGAAAGCCAGCGGCUCUAUGAGUAAAAUCACUGGAAACGAUGGUGCUCUGAAGCUUAACGCUCACGCUAAACGCAGGAGCAGUUUACCCACUCACCCAGUAUCUACAAAGGAACACUUCAAAGACAUCAUAAAAGGUCUAGUGACCGACCAUACAGGUGCUACUCUUUAUACCCCGUCAGAAAGGCUAUCAAAAGAGGACGGUAGAUGGAAUUACCUGGACAAUGCCGAUAAAAAAGAUCACAAAAGCUUUGAUUCUUUUGAGUCGUCGGACAUCGGCGCGAACGCGCUUCAGCUCUCACCUUUCUUUCACAUAAAGGAGACGGACAUUCUGCAAGACGCCGAGCCUUGGCCUUCCAGCGAAGAGUCCUGUGCGCAUUCCGUCGAGAAAAAUGCGGACGCCGAUACAAGUGCAAAUUCUAUUUGUCGUAGUGAUAUCGAUCCAUCUUCUGCUUCGUCCACCGACAAGAAUGAAAAGGGCAGCGUUGAAAAGGACAAGGACAGAACGAAGACGGACAGGGGCGGUGUUAAAAUAACACCCAGAGUAAUCAGAUGCUUGGACAGGCCUCCAAAAUGUCUGGACGAGAAGCUGCUUAGCAUAGAAAUACCAAAUCAGGAAGAGGAAGACGUCUGGGGAAGCCAGCUGGCAGGACUGGAUCAGGUAGAACCCUGGGAGGACCUGAGCACCACUAAAGAGUGGGUUACAAGCCCACUACACUCAAUAAAACUGGAAAACCUUUUCCCAAUGUUUACAAUGCCGGUGACAGAUCCAGUCCCUGAAAGCAAAGAGUCCAGUAUUGAGCACAUCCAAGAAAGCAGAAAGGAUGAACGUGAACAUGUGAACGUCACAGGUCCACCUGAUACAAUCACAGAACCAGACUCUGCUCUGUCUGCUGACGUUAAAGCACAAGUGGACGAAUCUGGUCUUGAAAAGGCAACCGAGCUCAUUCCUGAUGCCAACUUUGAAGGGAUUAAAGAGAAAGCGAACGCAGAGACUAAACAGGACAUUCCGCAGCUCGCACAGCUCAAGCCUGGCGUCCUCCAGGAAGAGAUGAACAGACUACCGAAGAGAAACACUGGAACUCAGAAACAGAAAGGUUCUGCGUCUUCGCAGAGGUUUUUCCGACAGGCGUCUCAUGAGACCUGCAUUGCUCAGAGGAACGAGGAAAAGUCUGCUCCGAAACACAGACCGUAUUCACUAAACCUGGAUCUGGGACACCGGUGCAUCCGGGACAUCUCCAACCGGCAGAACCUCGAUCUCGAUUACAAGAGAGGAGAACCGAAGCUUGACGGAUUGUCUCCGGAGCUGGAGAUGUUUUUGAGGGACCGACAGGCACCGGUGCGUCGCAACUCGGCGCCGGUGAGCGUGUCUUCUGUGCGCACCGCAUUCAUGAUCAAGACGGGCCAGGCCAAAGCCGUCCCCGUGAUCCCUCCGAAGCUUCAGUACAGCCACGUACCCAGUCCGGUUCCUGAGAAAACGAGCAAGGGUCAGGAAAAAAGCGGACCAGAGAAGAUGAAUGUAGAUAAAGCAGAUUCUUUGUCUCCUCUCCAAGUAAAGAAAGAUCCCCAAGAGGAGCGGGAAAACUGCAAACCAUUGCCAAGGAUCCAAAGGCAGGCGUCUAUGGAAAAGCCCUCAGAGACUGGCAAGCCGAUGCCUGAAUUCCCAGUACUGAGGAGAAAGCGGUCUGCCAACGGGGACUCUUUCAUGGACUGUCCCAGACCGGAACGAUCCACCCUGCAUCAACGAUCGUCCUUCCGAAAUCGCCCAAGGCCUCAGAGCCUCAUUCUGUUCAGCCCCCCCUUUCCUAUUAUGGAUUAUCAUCCAGUGGGAGAAGAUGGUAAACAGGCCUUAUCACCCAUCAAGAGUCCUGUUGAAAAAUCACCCCUCAACGUUCUGACGAAGGAGCUUUCAGAGAACCUGAAAACGCCGGAUGGGGUCACGCUACGAAACAAGAUGACUUUACCCAAGAGCGGGCAGAGAUUGGAGACCUCAACCAGCUGCUUUUACCAGCCUCAGAGGAGGUCCAUGAUUUUUGACAACAGGAGCAACCGACAGAUCGAGUGAUCGCUAACAUACUGCUGAAUGUGAUCAGGUUUUAUUUGUAUUCAAUUCUUGCCGAAUGUUCUUGCAGAACCAGGUGUGAUCUUGUAACUUAGGAUAUCACGAUCCAAGCUCUUGCGUAGCCACCAUGCAGACGGUAUCUUUGUAAAACAGGCUUGUGAUGCGUCUUGAAGAUGACGAUGUAUCUGGAUGGACCUGUACGAUGGUCACAGUGGAGUCCGGUUUAGCGUAACCUCUGACGCCUCCUCCCGCGGCAGGAAGAGCAAAUUGACCCACUGUGGUCCCAAGUGGACUACAAAUCUCAUCAGUGCUUAUGCGCUACAGCUGACUCCGGGGCUAUUUAACCAAGCCCAGAGCUCAGCUCCUCGCUGGGUCAGUGUUCUUGCUCUUUAACCCUUUAAUGGUCUCAUCAAGUAAAUAAUAUUUUUGCAUUUCUAACUGUAGAUUCUACCAACAACAAAAUAUAUAUAUAUUAUUAGUAGUACACGUGUUUAGCUUCUACCAAUGAGGUGAUCACAAAAUAAAGCAACUUUUAUGGAUGAUUUUUAGCUGCCAGCUUCAAAUUGACAUGAAGGUUAGAAAAGCUGAUUUCCUAAAACCAUCUACCAAUAAUUUUGAGUCUAACACGUCAACCAAGGAAUAGAUACGACCCAAACCAGACCAUUAAAGGGUUAAGAGUGUACAGUUUGAUUCCUUUCCUUGCAGGGAGUUGUGCUAAACGAUUCAGCAAAGCGUUUCUGCUGCGUUUAGUUGGGACAAAGGGAGAAGGAUCAGUCUGCAAUCGAUCACGGCAUUCUGGUGGACUGAGUAGCUGCUUUGCCGGGUUCAGUUGCAGUACCCUGAUUCAGUUCACAGCUUUAGCCGUUCAUCUCCUUUGUUAACUAAAGCUGCUGGUUAGUGCACGUAUUGCACAUAGAGCUUGUUAGUCCAAAAAUAUGGCCAUUUUGGCUUUCUUAUUGCUCCUGAUUCUGUUCUGCCCCUGUAUUUGGGUUCAGUCUCCUUCUCGUAUCCUCAGCACCGUUGUUACAAAUAAUGUAUUCACUGCGCUCAUGACACUCACAUCCACAGCGAUGAUGGACAAGCGCAGAUAUUUCCUGCUACAUCCCAUGUCCUGAAUAAUAUGUAAAUUACCGUCCCAGCAGUCUGCCAAUUGUCUCACUAUUCAGCUGAACAUUUAGUAGCUUGUUACACCAAAUCCCACCUUCAGGGGACGUUAAAAUUGCUUAUAUCUUUCAGACUGAGUUUGAUCCCACGCUAAUAAAUCUACAUUCCCGCUCGCUUCCGCACUCCAUACUCUCACGUUUCGUCCUUAGGAGAUCACACCUGGCUCCGCGAGGCUACCGUCGACUGAACAAGGUGCCUUCCAGUUCUACGAGCGAUAAACGUAGAAUAGGUUCUUAAUUGCUGCUGCUGGUAAGGAAUUCCAUCGCAUCAAAGAUAGCACUUCAAAAGAUAAGAGCAUUUCAUCAAUAGGUUCAAAGCUAACUGCUGUAUGUAUCUGGCUCAAGUGGCCUUGCACUAAAUAUUCACAUAAGUGUUACAUAAAUCCGGAAUUCAGAGCUUUUUUUUUUCCUAAUUAGGUUUAAGAUGGAAUUAAAUCCUGUAGUGUGGGCAUUCAAUCGUUUAUUUCAUACCUGAUUUAAAGAUUCAAGGAUUAUAAUAUCAGCCAGAUUCAAACGUAAAGCGUUGAAAAUGCCCCUGUGGGUUAUUAUACUGAAUGAAAAGAAGACACUUGUUUACAGUAUUAUAUUAUAUCGGUGCUUAAGAGAGAGAAAUGAAGGAUGAAAUUACAAAAGCCAUUCACAAAUGUAUUUUUUUAUGAGUGUAGGGUGUAGUAGAUUUGAGCCGUGACAGUAUAUCAGAAACGCAGUGUUAUAAUAAUGGUGCAAUUAGUGCUGAAUGUCUCAAUGCACAAUAUGAAGGUUUAUAUGAAGGAAUAAAAGGUUAACAGCUUUAAAUCCUUGCACAUUUAGGCCACAUUAUUUUAUUUUCUUUGUUUAGUUUAUCCGAUUUAAAAUCGGACGUGUUGCAGAAAAACAAAAUCCAGUACAAAUGUGUCUGCGCUCCAAACACGCUACUGGCAACCAGCACACAAAAGCAGGAGAAUCCUGCUGUGACAUACAACAGUGAACAAGCGGCGCGUUUCGUUUCUUUAGCAUCGCACCGUACAAACACAGAUUAUAAUUUUAAAUGAAGAUCAUGAAGUAAAACCUUUUAAAUUGAUCAGAUUUUAUGCUCAAUGUGCAGCCGUAUCUCCAGUUUCAUUGUUUUCAUUAAAGUGUAUAAUAUAAAUAAGGGGAAUAUAGCUAAAAAGAAAUGAUUAAACUCGUUGGGCUGGACUCAUUGUUCGUCAGUCACGUUACAGACACGCCCUCAAAGCCCCAAAGGCACCGACGGCCCCCCACCCGUGCUAAAUAACCAGGGUUGUGGGCUCUGAUUUUUUGCAGUACACGUGGUAAAUCCUGAAAGCAAGUGCACACAAUUGAAACCAUGGCAGCGUUUAUCAGAACAGCUCACACUACAGUGUGUAUAUUUACCAUAAAGUCGUAUUUACAUACAAACCAUUAAGCUAUAACAAUCCUAAAAGCUCGUUUUAUUAUAAUAUAAUCACUAAAAUGCUGAUGUUGUAUAGAGUUUGUUUCAUUUACCAGCACAUCUAAAGAAAAAUAAGAUGUAAACCAAGCAUAGCGUGAUGAGACGUAGGUUCACGUGUAGCUGGUGCGGAUCGAACCGCUUGUUUAAGUGCAGGCGCCACAUAAUUCACCUCAAGAAAUCGUCCUAAAUAUGAGUCCGACACAAAUCGGCUUUUGGAUAUAAUUGUGUUUUGCUUGCUCACUUGAAAUCUCCAAUUCACAGGAAUACUCUAAAUAGUUAAUAUAAGUUAUAAUAUAAUAUAAUAUAAUAUAAUACACAUUGCUGCUUAAGGAGGGUUGUGUUAAGAGGGGCAUUCUGUGUAAAACUGCGCCAAAGCAGGUAAAUACUGGAGUAGCCAGAAAAAAGUGUAAAAUGAAUCGUGAAAUUGUUCAUACAUUUAUUGAAGUAUUAGCUGCCACGUAAUGCUUAAAUAAAUGUAAGGAAAUUAAAGAUGCAUUGGUAUGAAGUUUUGUAAUGCUACAGCCACUAAACAGUAUUUUUCUACCGUAGGUGUAUGAUGAAGUGGAUUUUACACAGUAGAUUUUUGAUGUAAAUAAAUUGCCAGUACUGAAAUUACAAUUACAAUCUUUGCUCCAGCAGGGAUUCAUGUAUUGAAUUCUAUAAACCUAAAUGAUGCCAUCCGUUGUGCUAGCCGUUCUGGUCAAUGAUUUAUUGUCAUUUAUCUGAAAACCCUGUUUGUUAACGUUUUAUAGUAUCCUAAAAGCCCUUGAUGUCACUAAACGGGGCUGAAUGGUAGUUUACUGGGGCACCUGAGACCAGCAUCUGAAUGAAGUUGACUAGACGUGUUGUUGAACGUGUUUAAGAAUAAAUGGAUCACUUGCAGAGUGUACAGUUCGACUGCAGUAUUAUAAACGUAGUACAAAUGUUGAUCUAUGCCAUUACUGGGCAAAACUACCAAUCAAAUGAACCAUAGAAGCAUUUUUGUGACUUCACCAGGGAUAUAAAUGCUGCCUGAAAUCGCUGGCUACCUAAAGUGGCUCGUUCUGAAGGGAAAUGCAGGUUUACCUCGUGUUCGGCGAGAUAUUGUAUUGCUGCAGGUUUGUCUGUCGCUUUUAUACGGUCUGCUGAAUAAUUAUUACUGUAUCACUGUCUUACUUUUCUUAAAAAUGUAUUUAAUGUUAAAAUAAAUCAACCAUAAGAGGAAAAGAUUAACCAACCAUCCACCACCCACCCUAAAUGCAAGCGUGAUGAUGUGGGUAAUGUUAUUAUAGGGAUUUUUUAAUUCGCAUUGCAUUUUACUUAUUCAUCCUGCCAGCGUGAUGCUUGUCGCUGCUUAGGGGAUCCGGGUUUGAUCUGCGGUGUCAGUUACUGUCUGUGUAGUCUUGCGAGGCCAUCUGAUAUUCUCCUAACAAGAUUUGGUGUCUUGGGAACGUUCUUAGAAAAGUUGGCUACGAACGGUGGUAAAAGCUAGCACGACUACAACCACUCAGCCGAAGCCGGAACACCAGAGGAGUUCGAUCCAACACACACACACACGAGUCAAGUCUUAAAGUGUUUAAAUACACAUUUAUUGUACAUUUUACAUCCCAAAACUGGAUCAAAUAUCAUCAGGUGUGCUACGUAGUGUGUAACUAUACCAGUCAGUGUGAAUAAUUAGCGGCCCACUUCAUUGGCCACCUUUAUAAAGUGUGAUUGGUUUAAUAAUAGUUUUUUUUUGUUACCACGCCCCUUUAAGCUUAAAUCUUUGACAAGAUUGUUCAGAAUGUCUGGUUAGAUGUGUGUAUGUUAGACUGCUGUCUUUGUGAAGUUUAACACGGUUCUCCAGCUUCCAAACCAUGCCAGUAAAUGGAGAACUCAGGCGACUCUUAAAUAUAGUGUUACAGAUCAGUUACUGAAGAUGAAUUUUGUCACUUGCUAGUGUGCACAAGGGAGCGGUGAUGAUAUUCUGAAGUGUUCCUGAGAACAAUGUGUGUUUAUGAUGGUGGAAUAUUGUAAAAAGAAUUAUUGGCACAUGCCAACCGGUGGCACUCGACUAAAUGUUUAUAAAAAAGAUAAGAUACAGCUGAUUGUACAAAAACUGCCUGGAAAUCAAAAAGCAUGUAUUUAUUUAUACAAUUUAUGUCUAUUUCUUACAAAGUGGGGAUUUAUUUUCUCGUUUCUGUUGUAUAAAACCCAGAUUUGUUAUUAUAGGUAAAUGCUGAUAUUUGAAUAACCACUUGUGGUCUUUGUAUAGAGAACACACUUUGAUUUACAGUGGAUUUGACAUAAAAUAUGAUGCGUCUCUGCUGCGAGAGGGUUGAGUUGUUGGGUAUCUGUUGGCAUCGGGGUUUUUUUAUCAGAGAAACUGAAUGACGGAAAUGUAUGAGCAGUAGGACUAGAGAGGUAAAAAUGUGUUCAGAUACUGAUUUUACCACGUCCACAAUGUCCUCCUGAUAAAGGAAUGUUACUGAGAUUGCUAAAAGCUAUAUUGAAUUACAGGAUGUUUGAAUAAAGAUUGUAGAUUCUAUGUUGUUAAUACCCGUUUAAACCAAAGAACACUUGUUUUUAUUUUAAAAUGUUUUUAUAUCGCUCAAACUGGAUUUAUUCUAUAUAUUCACUGUAAACAGCAAUAAAUAUACUUUAUAUUUAC